CUCAGAAACUCCGCCGCGCUCAGAAACGGCAGAGCCGGGCCGCUUUAAAACUGCAAACCUAAGGAUUUACACACGUUUCUGGACAGUUACACGCGUUUUAACCGCUUUUCUUCUCACUUUGGGAAUAACGAGCAACAGUUAGAGAGGCAGCCGAGGAGUGCAGACAGCAGGCUCGCUCAUCCAUGACAUCACAGCAGCAGCAGCAGCAGUGCAAAGGCUAGCGGCUAGCUGCCCACUAAGCCCGGGGCCAGAGACUGAUUCUGAGCAGAGGGAGCCAGGUAAUGACCCUCAGUCCUUCCAUCAGACAGCCUCCACGCAUUGAGCCGGAUCAUGCUUUAGCUCCCUGACAGUCAGUCAAAAUGAUGGCCUCGGUGGUAAUCGGGGGACAUCGGAAGAAGUCCCUCACGUUAAGAGGUGUGGACCCAGAGACCUGCAUGAUCGUGUUUAAGAACCACUGGGCACAGGUGGUGAAGAUCCUGGAGAAACACGAACCGAGUCGCAGCAGCACCAGCGCGCUGAGUUUCCUCACAAGUCAUGGUAGCAGCAGCGGCAGCAGCAGCUCCGGAGCGCUACGUCUCGGCCCCAUCCCGGCCGACGAGGCCAGCGCCGUCCAGAACUACGUGGAGCACAUGCUCUUUCUACUGAUGGAGGAGGAGGCGGGCCAAGGGGGAGCAAUGGGUCCGAUCCUGGAGUUUGUGGUCCUUGAGGGCGUGAUGGAGAGGCUGUUUCUGUGGAGUCUGAGGAGGCAGUUCACUGAGGACAUGAAGCUAGAGCAACUCAGGAUGUACCAGAUGCUUUUGUCUCAGGCCAAACAGCCUCUGCUGCACCAUAAACCGGUUCUGCGGCCGCUAAUGAUGCUGCUCGCUUCCUGUGCCGGAGCUGCAACCGACACCGGCGGCGUGGUGGAGGCGGAGCUAGUCCUCCUGCUGAACCAGCUCUGCGCGGCUCUGGUCAAAGAUCCCUCAGUGCUCGAACUGUUCUUCCACACCAGCGAGGACCAGGGAGCUGCCAACUUCCUGCUCUUCUCCCUGCUCAUCCCGUAUACACACAGGCAGGGAUUGGUAGGUCAACAGGCCCGAGAUGCUCUGCUGCUCAUCAUGUCUCUGUCUGCCUCUGAGCCUCGAGUCGCUCAGCACAUUGCAGAGAACACGUACUUCUGUCCUGUGCUGGCCACGGGUCUGUCCGGUCUGUACUCGUCUCUUCCGGCUCGGCUGCAGGUUUACAGCGAGGACUGGCACUCUCUGGACCAGGCGGACUGGCAGCAGGUUCCUGCUCUGGUCCACUUUUUGCACUCUCUGGACUUUUGUAGUGCUGUUACCAAGGUGGCUCAUCCGUCCGUCCGCUCCCAGCUGCUGGGCUACAUCUACAAUGGCUUCCUCGUGCCUGUACUCGCUCCGGCUCUGCACAAGCUGACGGUGGAGGAAGUGAUGACUACCACAGCAUACUUGGACCUGUUCCUGCGCUCCAUCUCUGAGCCCGCCCUCCUCCAGACCUUCCUCUCCUUCAUCCUGCUGCACACACAUGACAACGUUCACAUCCUGGACACACUGGUCAGCAGGGUCAACACACCUUUCCAGUUGGGCACGGUGUCGCUGGCUCUGUUCAGGACUCUGAUUGGGCUCUUCUGUGAAGAUGUCAUGCUGCAGCUGGUCUUCAGGUAUCUGAUUCCCUGCAGCCACCUGAGCAGGAAGCAGCGCUGCUUCUUGAAGCAGAGGGACUGUUACUCCUCCAGUGCUGCCUCCUUCCUACUGCUGAUGCCCUCCUGGUGCCCUGUGCAGCUCCAAAACUCACUCACACACUCAGAGCACAUCCACUGGCCCAAAGGAACCGAUCUGUCAGUGUCAGACAGCGUUGGUUACUGUCGUGGUUCAGACUUCCUGAUGGAUGUAAACUACCUCCAUUACCUCUGGGAUGCCCGUCAGGCUAUCUCCACUGCCCGCAGGGCUUGCCGUUUAUGGUCGGCUUCUUAUGAUGGCAUCGACCCUCCACUUCAAGAGUAUCGAUCUGAUACACCUGGUAACAACAUGGAGGAUGAGGAAGAGUUCAUGCAGCGAGUCAAGAGCGACUCCAUCUGCUCACUGGUUAUCAGUCCUCCGCCCUCUGCACUCUCCCCUACACCAUCCUCUUUAGAUAACAGCCAAGCAGGCAGGGCCAGCUCUGCCCUUGACUUGGAGUGGGAUGACAUUUUUGCAGAUGAGAAUCCCUUGCCUUCAGCUGUGGUAAACGUGGUGCUGGCGAAUGGCGAUGUAUCAUUAGAGGCAGAUACAUGCACUUUUCCAACAGCACCUCCCCCACUGCCUCCUCGACACAUCCAGGAAAUGCGGCGCAAUGCAACCAAGCUGGUGCGCGGCUCUUAUGUUGAAGAAUCCGAGUUUCAGGAUGAUGUUCUUGUCUAUGAUCUCAUUGCUAAAAAGGAUGCAAAGGCGGCCAUUUUGGAUCGGAUCAUGCUGACAAAUCGCCAAUCCCGUGGGAGCAUCUCAAAAGGACAGCGAGUUUCAGCAACAGCGACAACAUUAACAACGAUGUUAACAAUGACAGGAAGGACGGUGAUGGAAACUGUAAACAGCAUUAUGUCGACGAGGAGGAGGAGCGAGGAUGCAGGAAAAGAGGAAAGAAGAAGGAGUGAGGACUGUGAAAAGGAGAUAGGGAGAACAAAGGAAGAAGAAGAACAAGAAACCAAAAGGAUAUUUGGACACAGAGGGUCACUGGGAGAUCAGCUCUUUACCAAUGGCUUUAAUGUAAACAAUGACAUCAUCGAUGAAUGUGAUGAUGCAGAUGAUAAUAUAAAGUCUUUAAAGCAAAACUGUCAAGUGAUUGACAUUACAGCUCAUGUCAGCCAUACACCUAGAGCACAUCAGCAACAUGUACAUGAAGGCAUACAAUCACCCUCAACAUGUUUAGUAAGAAACGCUUUAACCAAUGGCCAUCAUGAAUCUGAAUCAUUUGACCAUCCCGUAUCUCCAAGUCUGCCUGACAACAACACAAACAACAAUGACUUCCUGUCCCAAUACUGUGAGCUCAUGCUGUCAUUAGGGGUAGAACCAGACUAUGAGGACAUCACAGAUGAUAUUGACACAUUCAGGAAGCGUGUCCAAGUGCUAAGGCAAAGACUUGAAGAGGACAAGGAAGAGCUUUGCACUGACUUUGGUUUUAGCUCCUCCGGGGAUGACGCUGGGGCAGAAGAAGAGGAAGAGAUGAUGCGAGAGGAAGAAGAAGCGGAGAAGAGCAGGAGCGACACAAAGAAAGGCGGCAGGAGACAUCAAAUUCCAUUUACAGGUCCAUUCAUCAGUGUGCUGUUGUCUCGGCUGGAGAACCUUCUCGAAAACUCUAUUGCUGUAAACCUGCUUGUGACAGGCAUCCUGGCCCAGUUGGCAUCAUACCCACAACCUCUCCUGAGAUCCUUCCUGCUCAGCACAGACACACAAAAUCAGCCUAACGUUCGCACACUUUACCAGGUGCUGGUGUCGGUGCAUGCUCAGAUAGAGGGCUAUGUGAUGGCCAGACCAGACUAUCCAGCUCUAGUCACUCAGGCCUGGAGGUUCUUGUUGGCAAAAGACCAAGAUGGCAAAUUCAGAGAGUGCCUCCAGUCUCAGGGCGGUGACAUCAUCCUGGAUCCAUCGCUUCCCAAUGGCUCUGUGAAGAACGCUCUGCCUUUGCCUCCUUUCAGUGUCUUGCCCCCCUGUCCUACUAUUGCCCCUCAAGCCAAGAGCCGAGUCUUCGCCAUUAUCCUGUACGCCGAGUUCCUGAAGGAGUUGGCUGCCUUGGCCCAGGAGCACAGCAUCGCCUUGGACUGUUAUUCUGAGGAGUAACAAAUGCAAACCCCUAGUUUAACUGUAAAAAUCUGCCUCCCAGAUUGCUGCUGAUAAGAUCGAGGAUAUGCUGUGACCACUAGCAAAGACUGAGCUCAAGGAGAAAACAUAUAGCAUGAACUACUUUCCUCAUCAAGGAUUAAUAUAAGUGAAUAAUUUAAGUAGCUAUAAAUAUUCAGAUGUUGUGUAUGUUCCUGACAGCACUUGAAAACCUUGAUGCUUUCUCCAUAUGAAUAUGACUGAUAUUUAUAAAAUGAUUUUGAAGGAGAUGAUUUUGAAGAAUCAGUACUGAGUUUUAUAUAUUUGUGGGAUCCGUGAAAAUAGUUUUCUACCAUAUUUUCUUAAAUCUUUGCAUGGUUUUGUUGAGAUGGAAAAAGUUAAACAUGUGGUUCAAAAUGCAGAGGACCUUUUUAUUCCUCCUCCUCAGGAAGGACAAAGUGCUGCAGAAGCUGGUUGACAAUAACUCUUACCUUACAUGCACUAAAGUGACUUUGCAUCAAAUAGAUCUAAAAUUUAAUUUAUUUUAUUGUGUUUUCAUAUCCAGUAAACAAUUCACUAAUAUUCAAAAUGAUUCAUUAAAAUUGUUAAUGCAAGACAUUUUUUUCUUACUUUUAACACCAGCAAUUUGUUUUUCUCUUAUAAAAGGAGGCAGUAAAAUUUAACCUUGCUUAUAUUCCCAACAUUUUGAAGUCUUCCUUUUUUUUUUAAACGUGUACGAUAGUUCAAAGACAUUUCUAAACCUGAAAUAUCCGUCCAACAUCUGACAUUGCAGCUAUGAAAAGACAGAAUAAAAAUGGACAGAGCUUUGGAGUCUGAAGUUAAAGCAGACCUGUCUUAAAUCUACAUUCUUUUUACUGACCACCAGGGGGCGGUGCAUGUGGUUGCAAAAGGAUUUCUGCUCCUAAAGAAAUCUAUGGGAAACCAGCUCUUCGCCCUUAUUUCACUAAACACUUCCUAAUGAAUUUAUAAGCUCAUUCACUAAUUUGUUGUGAUAACGAGUAAAGCAGUAAGUUCUUUUUGCAAAUUAUUGUUAUUUUUAUGGUCAGAUGGUCCUUUGAUUAUGGAUGUUAGUUUGCUCAUUUACUAAUGACUAGUCAUUAUUUCAAGAGCAUGUGAUGUUUCUUGGUUUUAUAGUCAUAGUCGCAUCCACACCUUUGGUUCCUGCGAUUAAUUAUAAAACCCUGAAACAUUGACUUUGAGGCUUCUCAAACUGAUGGGCAAAGUCACAGUGCCUACAUUUAUCUUUUAUACCAUCUGUGGUUUGUCAGUGACAAACCCUCAUCUUGAAUCAGAGACAUAGAUGUCAUAAAAGACAAGUGCAGACAAUGUGGUCUGUAAAGUCCCAGCCUUGACCUGACUGUAUGUACUGUCAUCAUCUGGGUGUUUUUCAAACUGCAUGCGAUAAACGAGGGGUGGAUCUGACUGAGAAAGAGUCAACCUGUCAACAGGUCAAUCAUAAAAUGCACUUCAUCUUCUAUUCAAUAUGACCUGAUGACCAGCGAUUGUGACAAUAAAGUCAUCAGGGAAGUGUUCCCAAGGUUACAGAGCAAGGAAGCCCUUCCCAUAGAUGUAUAUGCAACCAGUCACCACAACAAGAAAAAUGGAAGAUAAGGUUAAAGAAUGGUAGAAUUUUUACUUGUUUUUUUAGUGAGGUUUUACUAAACCUGAUCAUGAGUAAAAAUGAAAGGUAUUUCAACUAGGUCAAGAUUAAAGGCCUCACACAGGAUGGAAGUCCCAGGCAGGAAGGUGUAGCUCAUGAGAGAGAUUAUAUCAGAUUUUUUUACUUCCUGAUAACACUUAUCUACAGCACGAUCAGUUGCACUACAUAGCAUAGCGGAAAAUAAGGCUGUAGUGUUAAAAUGAAUAGAUGUUUCAUCAGUACUGUCUUUAUUAUUCUCAUUAGGGUCCUAAAUAUCAGUACUAAUAUACCAGGCACUGAGUGUUGUGAGAUUAAGCACCUUAUUUGUCCUUACUGUUUUAUUGCUGUUUGUAUUUACCAGACUGGCUCAUGUGCCUGUCAAAGCCAUUCUAGGUGUACAGUAAUUCAUUUUAGUUUUGCUUAUGUGUAUUUUUUGAACAUUUUGAACCAGAUGGAGGAAAUUUUAAUGCUGAAAUUCAAACAAAGUGAGUGACAAUCCUUGAAACGGUAUCUAAAGUGUCAGUAUCUAAAGUGUUGCUCUGAUCAGUUGUGUCUUCCUGUUUAUGUGUUUUUGCUGCUGUCUUCAUAUGCAAACGAACACACAGGUAAAGUAUCAAAAGCCUUACUUCAGCUGACUAAAAUAUUAGUGCAAUAUAUAAUGAUGCAAAGACAGUGGAUUUUGAUUUCCCAUGCAGAUAUCAGAUGUUACUUUUUCUUUUAAACCUCUGUGAAUAUGUUUUGUUGAUGUUAAUAUAACAUUUUAAACUUCAUGUUUGUCUUUAAAGUGAAAUUAGUCCACGUUGUGAUGCUCCUGUGCUUUUGUCUUUGCUGUGUUGUUAGUUAGAAGAAAAAGAGAUUUGGGUUCCUGCUUACAUAGUUUUCAGGUGGCAAACACCGUCACCGAUCUGACUUCAAACACUUAAGUCACAAGUAAGAAACCAUGUUUCUCUCUAUUUUUAAGCAGUAAUGGAUGAGGUCUGUGUGUAGAAACCACAGUUUCACCCAUGUGCACACUGUCUGUGAAUGCAUCUGUCAGAUUCUUCUCCAAAUGAGAACUGUUAUUCAAAACCUAUACUAAUAAGUAUAUUGACAAAAGUAUUCCCUCAUCCAUCCAAAUCAUUGAAUUCAUAUUGUUCAGUCACUUCAUGGGCACAGGUGUAUAGAUUCAAACACCUAGGCAUGCAGACCGCUUCUACAAACACCUGAGAAAGAAUGGGUUGCUCUCAAGAGCUCAGUGCAUUCCAGUGUAGUAGUGUGAUAGGAUGCCAUCUGUGCCAUCCUCGCUACUGAAUAUUCCACAGUCAACUGGAAGUGAUUGGGAAUUACAGAAACACAGCCACAAAGUGCUAGGCCACGUAAAAUCAGUGGGGUCAGGAGAUGCUGAGGCACAUAAACUGCUGAGGUCUCCAACUUUCUGCAGAGUCAAGUGCUGCAGACCUCCAAACGUCAUGUGGUCUACAGAUUAGAAUGGAUUUCUAUGGCUGAGUAGCUGCAUCCAAGCCUUACACCACUGGAUUCAGUGGUGUAAAGCAUGCUGCUACUGGACUCUAGCACAGUGGAGAGGUGUUCUCUGGAGGGACAAAUCGCACUUCUCUGUCUUUCAAUGUGAUUGACGAGCCUGGGUUUGGUGGUUGCCAGGAGAACAGUACUUGUCUAACUGCACUGUGCAAAGUGUAAAGUUUGGUGGAGUUUGGUGUGGAAGAACUUGAUUGGCCUGCACUGAGUCCUGACCUCGACCCAAAAGAACAGCUUUGGGAUUAGAUCGGCAACUGCGAGCAAGGUCUUCAUCAGUGUCUAACCUCACAAAUGUGCUUCUGUAAGAAUUGUGAAAAAUUCCCAUAAACAGAAUCCUAAACCUUGUGGAAAACGUUCCCAGAAAAGUUGAAGCUGUUAUCGUUGCAAAGGGUGAGCCAACAUCAUAUUAAACUCUCUCGGAUUAAGAAUGAGAUGUCACUCGUAUGCCUGUGAAGGCACAUAAGAUAAUACUUUUGGCAAUAUAGUGUACCUGACUGAAGUCUGACUGAAGCUGCUCUGCCUACUGUCUGAUGCUGAUCUGCAUUAAUCCUGGCACCGGCUGGUGAGCGUUUGCUUGGAUCUUAUUCUUCUUGUCCCCAGUGGUAGAUCAUCUGCUUUGAAAUAAAUUAUUGCCAAGAUGAUACAACUUGACACAUCAGAAAAGAUUUUUGCUUUACGUCUUGGUCAUUUUUUCUUGUGGCAUAGAUAAUAUUUGCAUUUUAGCUUUUGCAAUCAGUGAUAAAGUCUGGUGCCUAACCCAAAAGAGAGAUUUUUGCACUGACAUUGUGCAAAGUAUUGCUGUAUUAUCACAUUAUCAGGUCCUGUACAUUUAUAAUCUGGUAACACUUAAGUCAUGUAUAUAUAGGCACAUAUAUUUAAAUUAAUUACUCAACAUGAAACAGUGUUAAAAGGUGAGAACAAUCAGGGAAUCGGAGGAAGACAGACACAGGAAGUUAAACAUUACACAUGGCAAAACUAACCUUCAAAGUAAAAUCUUUUGAAAAUAAGUCACGGAAAGUCAGAGGACUACUGGAGUAAAAAGUAUUCUCUGGAUAAACAUGUGAAACCAGUACAAAAGACCUGUAACAAAAGCUGCAAAUAUCGACCUCAUGGUGGCCCUGAUGUGAAAAUCUAAGCUUUACAUAAGUCUGCAAGCAAUAACAAGCCAGCUGAUGUAGUUCACUGUGGUUUAGCUAGUUCCUGUUUUUGUAUAUACAAGACUUACUCAAUGAAGAGUUCAAGCAGACAUCAAGGUGACAGCCGUCAGUCACGAGGAGAAGCUGGUUUGAAACUUUCACAUCAAAUUUGUCAGAGAAGAAGAACAAAGCAUUAACGGAUGAUGCUAACGAUGACACUUUAUCUGCUGUUGUGGGUUCUUGGUGAGUGAGUUAAAACUGUGAGUGUGGUUUAUUGUUUUGCUUUUAAAUGGUAUCAUGGUAGGGUGUGUCUCAGUCAAAAUUUGUAUAGAUUUGUAUAGGUUUUCAAAGGCAAGAGCUGGGGAGAUGUUGAUCACUGAAAGUUAAUUUAAGCAUUGGGAACAUUAUAUUUCUUCUCUGCGACUUCUGAAGUUCAACAUUUGAGCACGAGCAGAUUUUGUUGUGUAUUAGUGUGUAUUUUCAGAUCUAAAUUUACCUGAAAGAAUCACCUUAAAAAUGCUUUAAAAUCUCUUUUCUUUGGCUCAUUCGCCUUCAAUACUUUUCAAACAGCUCAGAUAAAAGAAGCACUUAUACUAACCGUUGGUAAUUAUUGAUGAAUUAAUUGUGUGAAUGUCGCAAGGCAUUCACACAAUUGUGUUCCUGUUUCUCUGUAUACUUUAUUCUUCUACCUACUCCUACAGUUUUUAUGCAAUUUUCACCA